CUUCCUUCUUGUUCUUGUUCUUGUUCUUGUUCCUCUUCAUCUUGCUCUUGAUGUUCCGAACCCCAAUCUCCAGAUUCUCCACCCUUUUCAGAAACCCAAAUCCCCAUAACCUCUUAAUCACAAACCCAAUUCCCAUCAUCACCAAAAAAGCUCGAAUCUUUGGCGCCAAACAAAGCCUUAAAAUGCCAUCCCAGCAAAUUCUACCAAUCACAUACCACCCUCCAUCUUCAAACCCCUCCACAACUGAAAAGCUUCUUCUCAAAUCUGAGGAGGACCCAUCAGCAAGGCUCCUCCUUUUCUCACAUUUCGAAGAUGAAGAAAAGGCCGCGCCUUUGAGACCCCUUCUCCCCAAGUCCGCCAGUUACACCUUCAACACCACCACCACCACCACCAACGGCGCCACCGCCGCCGCACCAAACGGUUCUGCCAAUAACAAUCAGAAGCGGCGGCGGAGGACGGCCAGCGACAACUCGCUGUAUUCAUCAUCGUCUGGCUCAUCGUCGGAGGAGGGCGCCGAUCGCCAGUCCAUCGCCGGCGAUGUGGAGCACGCUGCCGCCGAGACGUACUUGGUCACCCGGCUGAGCUUGAAGCUUUUGAGCUAUCUUGGGGUAGGCUACAGAUGGAUUACAAGAUUUAUGGCCCUCGGUUGUUAUUCGUUUUUACUUAUGCCAGGUUUUAUUCAAGUUGGAUAUUACUAUUUUUUCUCCAAGCAGGUCCGUAGAGGUAUAGUUUACGGCGAUCAACCAAGAAAUAGGCUAGAUCUGUAUCUCCCAAAAAAUUCUGAUGGGCCAAAACCAGUCAUUGCAUUUAUAACUGGUGGAGCCUGGAUUAUUGGUUACAAAGCAUGGGGUUCUCUUUUAGGACAACAGUUAGCAGAACGAGACAUCAUAGUGGCAUGCAUAGAUUACAGAAAUUUUCCUCAGGGUACUAUCAGCAGUAUGGUACAGGAUGCAUCUCAAGGCAUCUCAUUUGUUUGUAAUCAUAUUGCUGAAUAUGGAGGCGAUCCUAAUAGGGUUUAUGUGAUGGGACAAUCAGCUGGUGCACAUAUUGGUGCGUGCGCAAUUGUUGACCAGGCAAUCAAGGAGCUUGGUGAAGGAGAGAGUACUUCUUGGAGUGUCUCUCAGAUAAAUGCUUACUUUGGUCUUUCUGGAGGGUACAAUUUGUUUACUUUAGUAGAUCACUUCCACAGUCGAGGCCUAUACCGUUCAAUAUUUUUAGGCAUAAUGGAAGGGGAGCAAUCAUUGCAACGUUUCUCCCCUGAAGUCAUGAUUCAGGGUGCCAAUGUUAGAAGUGCAGCUUCUCUUUUACCUCCUAUUAUCUUAUUUCAUGGAACUGCAGAUUAUUCCAUACCAUCAGAUGCCAGUAAGAAUUUUGCAGAAACUCUUCGCAGUCUUGGAGUGAAAUCUGAAUCAAUUCUCUAUGAAGGGAAAACCCACACAGAUUUGUUUCUUCAGGAUCCGAUGCGAGGUGGAAGAGAUGCUAUCAUUCACGAAGGUGAUUCAGAUGCCCUUGCCAAAGAUGCAGUGGCUCCACCAAGAAGGCGACUUGUGCCUGAGUUCAUGUUGAAGUUGGCUCACAAAGUCAGCCCAUUUUAAUGAUUUUUGUUGGUCAUUUUAUGUAAUCUAUUCUUUUUUGUACAUAUCAUUAAUGAAAUGCAACUGUUUACCACGAUUUCAUGGGUAAAUCUUCAGAACUCCCCUAUUCUCAUCAAUCAUCAUAUAGGUCAAAGUUCUUUGUUUCAUCUGAACUGUUGAAAGCUUCUGAAAAUCUUACGAUUUAUGGCUACAAUUACU